UUCUUACCGACCCUCGGCUUGAACUUUAACCUCGACAGACGUCAAAAAAUGGCGGUUCCUGCAAAGCGGCCGUCGCUCGCGCAAACCGCCUUUUCCUUUUAUGUACCGGUCCAGGAGCAGCUGUCAGGCAAUCAGACAUGAAAGGGGACCUGCUGGAUGAAGAUGGAAGCUCCAGUAUACUAUACAUGAUGUAGAAGAACAUUAUAAGCUGAAGACAAUCUCCUUCCCCUACAUAUCACCUGCUCGCUGUUGAUCUACUGAAGAAAGAUGACAGCGAGCGAGGGAGACCAGAAGAAGUUGAAGGCAGAGUAUCUAAGGGAGCUAAUGUGCCGAGGGAUCGCCCUGGAGGAGCAGUGGCAGCUCUCGCUGUGGGACAAGGGCCUGGAGAGGGUUCCCUCGGAACUCACCCAGCUGGCAGAGUUACAUGUACUUGACCUUGGCGGAAACAACUUGAGGGAACUGCCUGCUGGGUUCAGCCACUAUUUGACCAACCUGGGCAUACUGGACCUGAAGAAGAACAGCUUUGCGAGUUUCCCGGAGCAAAUAUUAGACUUGGCCAGAGUGACAGAACUGGACCUCAGUUACAACAAGCUCAAAAGUAUUCCAGCAGAGAUCAGCCACCUGAAGAGGCUGCAGAAGUUUUUCCUAAGUCAAAACUACAUCCAGGUGCUGCCCAAUGGUAUAUGUGACCUUUCCCUGCUAGAAGAGCUGGACAUAAGCUAUAACUACCUCACCUACCUCCCAGCCAAGUUUGGCCAGCUGAAAAGGCUGAGGACUCUAGACCUGGAUCACAACAAAAUUCCCUACAUUCCCCCACAAGUCUUUGAACUAAGAGAGCUGGUCGAAUUCGACUUCAGCCACAACACUGCAAUCUCAGGACCACUGCCAUGCAACAUUGCCUUCCUCACAAACCUACAAGUGCUCUGGCUCAGCAGCAACGGCCUCACCCUCCUCCCUAACUGUAUCCAAGAACUCGUGCUGCUAGAAGAACUCAUCUUGGACAACAACAAGCUGCACAACCUUCCCUGUGACUUCAAACACUUGCAAAGGGUGAAGGUUCUUAACCUGGGCUUCAACUGCUACGAGAUUUUCCCCCACGCGGUGCUGGCGCUCGAUCGAGUAGAGGAGCUGUUUCUGAGCAGGAACAGACUGUCCCAUAUCCCAGAGGAGAUAGGCCUCUUGCAGCACCUCCGAGUGUUGUGGUUGGAUCACAACAACGUGGAAAGCCUUCCCGACUCCGUCACCACGCUGGUGAACAUGGAGGAGCUAUCCGUCCAGGGAAACAGGCUGAAGUGUUUGCCGGAGGGUUUUGGUAACCUCUCGAACCUCGACUGCCUGGAUGUACGCGAGAACCCCCUGCUGCAACCUCCGCUGGAGGUCUGUACAAAUGGUGUCAAGGCCAUCGCAGCUUUUCAAGAAGAGCUGCAGAGAGUGAAGGUCCCUGUCACCCCGAGAUUCAAGCUUGCCUUCGUGGGGAGGAGGCGUUCAGGUAAGACCCAGCUGAAACAUUCCUUGAAUGGCAAUCUCGACGUGCCUUCGACAACGUUGUCCAAAUUCCUCGACAUAUCAACCAUGACGUUUGACUCAGGCACUCGUGUGGACACGGUCGUGUAUGACUUUGGAGGCCACGCCCUGUACCACUUUGCACAGCAAUUCUUCUUCACAGAAAACUGCCUUUACCUGCUAGUCGUUAAUCUCUACGAGUACAAGGACUCCACGUUUUGGGACGACGUGGGGUUCUGGCUGAGUGUCAUCAUUGCAAGAGUGCCUUAUGCCUGUGUGUGCAUCGUAGGGACCCAUGUAGACCGGUGCAAGGGAGAUGAAGUUGAAGGUAGAAGUCUGGACAUUCACAAGAAGAUAGCACAAAUGUUCAGCGACAUGAAGACAAAGUCACAUCUCCUCAGCAUUGCAAACAGCAUGGAAGAGUUCUUGCAGGAAAGCAAUGUGCCUUCACCGUCAAGCCCCACGAGAAGACCCAGGUACUUUCAGAGCAGUCAGAACAGGGUCUUGUCAGCUGUUCUGCCCGUCAACCUUGGUGAUGACCAGAGGGGUAUCAAACACAUCCAAGACCUCCUGCCUUAUUUGUACAGCAACGUGCAAUUGUUCCGAAACAGCUGCCUUAUAGUGCACACAACGUGGGUCCAUCUGGAGGACAUGAUAAAGGAGAGACAGGAAAGCUUGUUUAUCACUUUGGAGGAUUUCCACAGCAUGGCUGCUAUCGCGGGGGUACCAAAGAGGCAACGGCCGGAGGUGCUACAGUGGCUGGAAGACAGAGGCUCCGUCUUGUACCUCGGAAACAACAACCCCCAUCUCAGGAAGUAUGUCAUCCCUACCUCGGUUAAUCUCGUCAAGUUGUUCAACUGUUUGUUCGCUCAUGCUCUUAGGGUACAGUUGGAACAACGAGCAACUCCACGUCCCAACAACACGCCUGCUUCUGCUGUUCAGUUGGUGACAGACGAUCUGCUACAGAAUGGUGUGGUGUCCCCCUAUCUUCUGCACACAGUACUGCAGGAAGCAGGACUAACAGAGCCACAAGAAGUGGUGGGCAGGUUCCUCUGUGACUUGGGCAUGUUCUUCCCCAUUCCCUACCACCCAAGCCACAGUAGUGCUGCCAUGGGAGACUCAGAAGACGGGACUCCACAACAACAACAACCGGACACAACAGGAAAAGACCUGGUUUCCUACUCUGUUCCGUGGUUCAGACACAAGCUUGGCUGCCACACAGGGCUGAGACUCACCCUACCCUACUACCACACCACAGUGCAGAUCGAAACCAUGCAGAUUAAGUGCUGUGUCUGGCACUUCUGCCCGCCGGGCCUGUUCGAGAGGUUCACGGCCACCGUGCACCCCCACAUCGUCCACAGAAUGGACGUGUCCAACAGCUGCAUCGUGUACCGCGGGAAGGUCCCCGUCCUGGUGGAACUGAGGACGUCACAAGACCUGACCUGCCUCCUUCUCACCACCAAGAUGACCCAGGUGACGACGUGGUCAGCGUGGCAGGCCGUGGUACCCCUGGUGAGGGAGCUGUGUGCGCUGCUGCAGGAGUGGCCGGGGAUGCUGCAGUCCCUCCACGUGGUGUGUCCACACUGUCUGCAGCAGGGCGCAGCAGAGCCACACGAGUUCCCCGGGAAACUCCUCACCCUCCCCAGGCCCCGCCAGCCUGCCGCCACCGUCAGGUGCCCCAAGGGUGACGGCGUGGACGUCAGUGUGGCACUGGUGUACCCUCCUGAACCUAUAACAACAUUUGAAUCAGUAUGAAUCGGUGUGAGAGGCAAUGUACAUCAUAACAGAAGCAGUGUGUCGGUACAGUGGCAGACACCGGUGAUGUGACUGCAUCGCAAGUGAACGGAGUCAUCAGAGCGAAGAUCGAGCAGAUCAAGAUCACCCGGCGGGACACCAAGAUCGUGGUGGGGCGGCGCAAGCGGGUCAUGAAGAAGGCGGG